GGCAAGGCCUGUGUCAUGAGAGUGGUGGGUUACACUCCUCUCUGGCUUUUGACUCUCCUGCAGAUGUAUUCUCUGAUGCUUUCCAUAGCACCAUGGUCAAGGCCCUAAACAGGCAUGGGACUCACAGAUCAUAUCUUUAUCUGCGAAUCAACAGCAUAUCGACACUUAGAACACGCACUGGAUGCCUACCACAUCUUAACACAUUUGUCAAAGAUGAAUAUCAACUCACAGCUAUCCUCUUAGAGUACAUUCUCAAAAUGAAAGAGCUGAAUUGGAUCAAUUACAAUGAAAGGAGGAUGCAAAAUUUUGUUGAUGAGUUGAACAGAAUUCAUGAUACACUAGUCUAUCACAAUGAUGUUCAUCCCAGGAAUAUGAUGAUUGUGGAAGAGGAUCCAGAAAGGACAAUUUGA